CAUUUCCUGGGUCUGCGGGCCCUGACCACAGCCUCCACUGCCUGCUCACUUCCCAUCCUCCUCCUGCACCGCGGACAUGUAGGGGAUUGGAGUGUGUUCCUACGGAGAUACACUGAAGUCCUAACCUCCAGGACCUAUAUCUUAGUCUGUUUUUUAUUGCUAAUAAUACAGUACCACCAACUGGGUCAAUUAUAAAGAAAAGAGGGUUGUUUGGAGUCAUGAUUCUGGUCCAAGGUUGAGGGCUUUCUUGCUUGCAGAGUCCCAAAUGGUGCAGGGCAUCCCUGGCAAGACAUGGGAGCACACAGGUCUGUCUCCGCCAGUCCUUUUCCUGCUUUUAAAGCCACUAGGACAGUCAUGGUGACCUACACCUGUAAACCCAGAAUUUAGGAGGCUGAGGCAGGAGGAUUAUUGCAAGUACGAGGCCAGUCUGGGCUCCAUAGUGAGUAUACAUCCAUAUACUGAGACCCUGCAGCCAAAAAACAUAAAGCCACCAGGAUUCAGUCAUGAAUGACUUGAUGACCUUGUCUAAUCCUAAUCACCUCCUAAAGGCCUCACCCCUAAACAUCAUGGCUGAGUUAAAUUAAAUGUCUGCCCGAUUUCUGGGUGUGGUGGUGCACUCCUUUACCCUAGCACUUGGGAGGCUGAGGCAGAACUGUUGUGAGUUUGAGGCCAGUCUGGGCUACAAAGCAAGCUCAAGUCCAGCCUGAACUGCAUAGCAAAACUGUCUCAAAAAGACAAAAGAAAAAAAAUUUCUACCCUCUUAAUGCAUCACAAUGAGGAUUAAACUCCAACAUCAGUUUCAGAAGGGCACAAAACAUUCAAAUCAUAGCAGUUUAUAAAUGUGACUUUAUAAACGUAUGCAUGCUUGGGUGUAUCUAUUUAUUUUUGGUUUCUGGGACAGGGUCUCACUGUGUAGCCCAGCCCGCCUUGCAGUGAUCCUCCUGCCUUAGCCUCCCAAGCGUUAGGAUUUCAGGUGUGCGCCACCACACAUAGCUCUUUACUGCAUUCUUUAAACAUUAAACAAAUAAUACAUAUUUAUCCUCAUGAGAAAAAGGGAAAAGAUAGCAUAAAAACUUCCCCAAUUUUAUUUCUAUUGAGUAAUCAUUAUUAAUAUUUUGUCAUCUAUUCAUCAAGACCUUUAUGUGAGCCAGUUUUAGGGAAGAGAAAACAUAGGGAAUCCCCUCCGUGCUAAGGAAACUAUUUCUAGUAACAGGAGGGUUCCCAGGAAGCCCUAAUGUGUCUUCCUGGGGCUGCCUGUGAUGUGGAGAAAGGCCCAAGCAAGAGGCUAACCUGGGUGAGAAUGAACUCCUCCCUGUGCUCCAAUCAGCACAGCAGCCAGGGACGCUCCCUCCACCUAGGGACAUUGGAGACAUAGGAUGUGGCACUGGCACCUGGCAUCCUGACUCGGGAAACCAAGGCGCAGUACAAGCUGGGCUUCAAAUCCUCUCUCUUUUGCUCACUGGGGCAAGCUAUUGCACCUCUCUGGUCCUCAGAUUACCCACAUCUAAAGUGGGGGUAGAAUUAUAGUUGCCCGACACAGUGGCUGGGAGGGCUGGGUGAAAAGACAGGUGUGUCGCUCAUAGGGAAAUGCUGUGGCAUUAUCCCUGUAGAGACGGGCCUGGCACGGCAUGGUUUAGCCCCCUCCACAGACGUUACAGCCACACAGGCCGCCUGUGCACAACUCUGACAGUUGUGGGGAUGACCGCCUCCUCUGUGGGCAGAGCCAGAGCGCAGAGCCAAAGGCCCAGUCCUCUGCUAGCUCCUCCCCCAGGCCCUUUCUCUUUUCCAGGAAAUAUCUGUGCCUAUUUCUCCACCCCUUCCCGACGUCUAGUAUUCAGAGAAGCGAGUCUGCAUCUGGCUAUCUGCAUCCAUAGGCAAGGAGCCCUUGUGCAUGGCCUGUGGCCCUGUGUGCUGCCCUGCUGGAACUUAGAGGCUGAAGGGACCCUGGUAUGCAGGGCUAUGGCUUCAGCUCUGAACACCCUGGCAAUGGCAUGAAGCUUUUCCCAGCCUUACAUACAGCCUAGACCCAGGUGGCACCCAGAGAGGCUCCAGUCGCUUCUAGUGGCCAUCGUACAAGCUGGUCCUUUGCUGCCUGUGGUCUUCUAAGAAGAAACUGUCCAGGAGGCAGAAGAUGCCGUGCUCCAGCCUGCAUCCAUCCAUCCCACGUCCCAGGGGUCACAGGGCCCAGCAGGCAGCUUUGGUUCUGCUAGGGGUCUGUCUGGUGAUCCUGUGGGGCACGGGGGAGCCGCCGGACCACACUCUCCGGUACCUGGUGUUGUACCUCGCCUCCCUGCAGCUGGGCCUGCUGUUGAAAGAAGUCUGUUAUCUGGCUGAGGAGCUGUGUCACAUCCAAUCCAGGUAUUCGGGCAGCUCCUGGAAAGCCGUGCGGGCCUGCCUGGGCUGCCCCAUCCGCUCUGGGGCUGUGCUGCUGCUGUCCUGCUAUUUGUCCAGCUCCCUCCCCACUGACUCUGGAAAGCCCUUCUGGUGGACACUUGCACUGCUGGGUCUCUCAAAAGCUGUCACCAUCCUUCUGGGCCUCCAGCCCCUGGCUCCAGCUGAGAUCUCUGCCAUCUGUGAAAAACAAAACUUCAAUGUGGCCCACGGGCUGGCAUGGUCCUAUUACGUUGGGUACCUGAAGCUGAUCCUGCCAGGGCUCCAGGCUCGGAUCCAAGCUUACAAUAAGUUCCAAAACAACACAUUUCGGGGUACAGGGAGCCAAAGGCUGUACAUCCUCUGCCCAUUGGACUGUGGGGUACCUGAUGACCUGAGCAGGGUGGACCCCAACAUUCGCUUCCUGCAUGCGCUGCCUGAGGAGCAGGCUGACCGUGCUGGCAUCAAAGGGCGAGUUUAUUCAAACAGUGUCUACGAGCUUCUGGAAAAUGGGCAGCCGGUGGGUGCCUAUGUUCUGGAGUACGCCACCCCCUUGCAGACCUUGUUUGCAAUGUCACAGGACAGCAGGGCUGGCUUUAGCCGGGAUGAUCGGCUUGAGCAGGCCAAACUCUUCUGCCGGACACUGGAAGACAUCCUGGCAGAGGUCCCGGAAUAUCAGAACAAGUGUCGCCUCAUUGUCUACCAAGAACCUGCGGAGGGAAGCAGCUUCUUGCUGUCCCAGGAGGUUCUCCGGCACCUGCGGCAGGAGGAAAGGGAGGAGGUCACUCUGGGCAGCUCGGGGACCUUGGCAGUGCCACACUCAACCACGCUGUCCCAGGAGCCCCAGCUCCUCAUCAGUGAGAUGGAACAGCCUCUCCCGCUUCGUACGGAUAUCUUCUAAGUGAGAGUCACCUCGCCUGAGGCUCCAGUGGCCCCCGAGAUUCUGGACUGGGGACUUCUUAAGGGGCUGCAUGUCCAGCAGAACCACUUCCUCCCUGGACUUGGUAUCUCCAGCAGAGUUCUGUAUGCUUGGCAAGGCUCACCUUGCUGAGCCUGUUUUCUCAUCUACAAAACAGGGAAACUCCUGCUGGGCCUGCCUCACACGGGGACUAUGUAGACGUGAAGUUCUGUGUAAAUUCUGACUGCCGGAAAGCUUAA